CAACUUUGUCCCUACUGUGUACAUAAACACAUGUUACUCAUACCCUCUUGGCCUGGGCCUGUCCUGCCUGAGUAGGAGGAUCACAUAUUGUCCUUGUGUUAAAGCAGAGCAGGUAGACUCACAGGAAGAGGGGAAACAUGUUUUUUAUGACUCGGCUCUGUCUGCUGCUACUGCUGCCGGGUUUCAGCGCUGUAAUGAGUUCUCCAUUCGACCAGCUUUUCCAUCACUCCACCAGUCAGACAGACAUAGUUUCCAAUCCUGGUUCUUCUCCUGAUGCUUCAGUAAGCAGGCGGCUGCGUAGGUCAGCUCCGAUGCCUGAUAUCACCCAUCUGGAACUUCUGGUGGUGGUGGGGCCCGAUGUCCAGGAAGUCCACAAGCAGGACACUGAAAGAUACAUCCUCACCAAUCUCAACAUUGCCUCAGAGCUGCUGAGAGACAUGACCCUGGGCGCCAACAUGAGGGUGCACCUGGUCCGCAUGAUCAUCCUGUCGGAGCCGGAGCCAGAGAUCCAAAUGUCCACCAACAUCACCUCUUCUCUCAGAAGCGUGUGCGCCUGGGGCAGAAGGAUCAACCCCUCCAAUGACACGGACCCGCUACACACGGACCUUUUGUUGUACAUUACAAGGUAUGACCUGGUGCUGCCUGAUGGGAACAAUCAGGUCAGGGGAGUAGCACAGCUGGGUGGGGCUUGCUCCAGUGAAUGGAGCUGUGUGAUCACAGAGGACACGGGCUUCGACCUGGGGAUCACCAUCGCUCAUGAGCUUGGACACAGCUUUGGAAUCAACCACGACGGAGUGGGAAACACCUGCAGCAGAAGUGGGUUCAUGAUGGCCUCUGACGGAGGGUACAACAGUGUGGAUUUGACCUGGUCCCCCUGCAGCAGACAGCAGCUGCUCACAUUCUUCAGUGAAGGGAAAGCCGAAUGUGUAAAAGAUCUGCCUGCAAUGGGAGGCUCGCUGCAAGACUGGAAGCCGGGGCUGUACUACGGUGUGGAUGACCAGUGCCGUAUAGCUUUCGGUAGCACAGCCAGAGCCUGCUCCUUCACCCACCCUGACCUGCCAGCUUGCCGUGUUCUGUCCUGUCACAUUAGUCCUGAUGAUGACAGCUCCUGUAAACGCCUCCUGGUUCCACUGCUUGAUGGGACAGAGUGCGCUCCUAAUCAGUGGUGUCUAAAGGGGCGUUGUGUGUCUCCAGAUGAUCUCAGCUCCUCUGUUGUGGUUCAUGGCUCCUGGUCGAGCUGGUCUGAGUUUUCUACCUGCUCACGGACGUGUGGUGGGGGAGUCACACUUCGUACAAGGCAAUGCAACAACCCGAGACCUGCUUUUGGGGGCAAGGACUGUGAGGGUCCAGAUAUUGAGGCUGAACUUUGUCACCAGUGGCCUUGUAAGCACACGCAGCUGGAUUUCAUGGCAGAGCAGUGUUCCCAAACAGAUGUCCAUCCUCUCUACCUGGUGCCAAAGAUGGCCUCCUUCUACACCUGGAUCCCUGCUGUGGGCUUCGCAAAAGGGGAUGAGCAGUGCCGGUACAUGUGCCAGUCACAAGGAGAAAACUUCAUCGUGAGCCGCGGUUCUCAGUUUGUGGACGGCACCCGCUGCGAGUCAGACAGCCCGCCUCCAUUCGGCGUCACGGCCGCUUGCCUGAGAGGCAGAUGCCAGCUGUUUGGCUGUGACGGUGUGCUGCACUCAGGGAAAGUGAGGGACGUGUGUGGGGUGUGUGGUGGAGACGGAUCCUCCUGCAGUUUGACAUCUAACUCCUACAGUGGUGGUCAGGCUAGAGAGUACACCACCUUCCUCUCUCUGCCAGUGAACGCCACGCAGGUUCAUAUUGUCAACAGGGCCCCUGUCUUCACUCAUAUGGCUUUAAUGAUUGGAGAUCAGUACAUUGUGUCCGGAACGGGCAACAUGGCUCUGAACAUGACCCACCCAUCUCCGCUGGAUGAAAACCGCAUAGAGUACAACCUCCACCUGACCCCCGACCUCUUGCCUGAGAGGGAGGAGCUUCUACUGCCCGGACCGUUGCAAAAAGAGAUAAAAAUGCAGAUCUAUCGCAAAUAUGGAAAAGAAUAUGGCGAGAAAACUAAUCCAAACAUUAGCUACCAGUUCUAUGUCCCGACCAGAGACAGUGACUUAACAGACAACACACCUAAAGGCAAAUGGUCCGUUGUCACGACACCCUGCUCUGUCACCUGUGGAUCAGGUGUACAGAAGCAGGAAUAUGUCUGCAUAGAUGGAGAUGCCAAUAUUCAUUUGGAGAAACACAACUGUGAAACACCUCCUCCAACUGUAGCACUCCACACAACCUGUCAGCUCUCGCCCUGUCCCCCCAGGUGGGAAGCAGGCAUGUUUGGGCCUUGUAGUGCCUCGUGUGGUGGGGGAGAGAGGACGCGUCCUGUGAGAUGUGUCCAAAAUCUUGGAUCAAAUGUGGUAAAGGUUCCAGACUCUGAAUGUCCACCCGAUGCUGCUCCACAUGCUGCUGAAAAAUGCAACCUGCAACACUGUCCAGCCAGAUGGCGUGUGUCAGAGCCAGGGGAUUGUUCAGCAGUGUGUGGGCCAGGCGAAGCAAAACGCAUCGUGUCGUGCGUCCGGCCGGAGCACGGUGAGGACGUUGAAGUUGAUCAAAGCUUUUGCUCAAAGCAGAUCAAACCACCUGAGUCCGUGCCCUGUGUGGUCGAUGUCUGUCCCAUCGGGUGGGAAUCUAAGGGAGAGGAGCAGCCUGUUCUAAAGUCUGGCUUGUUACCGCGCUCUAGACAAGACCCUGUCUAUGUGUGGAGCCCUAUUAUCGGCCAGUGUUCAAAGACCUGUGGAAAUGGAACUCUGCAGGUGUGGUUUUCUUGUGUGGACCACCAGACCAGACUGGGUGUGCCUGACUUCCACUGUGACGCGUCCACCAAACCUGAGCCACAGUCUGAGAUAUGCAACCCUUCCUCCUGCCCUCCUAUGUGGCACUCUAAGCAAGGGGUCUGCAGUGUAACGUGUGGAGGAGGGGUGGCCAACAGGGUGCUGUACUGUGCUCGAGAAGCUGAAGGGGAGGAGGAGGUUUUGGAGGAUUCAGAGUGUACGGACCUUCCCAAACCCACGGCAGUGGUUUCAUGUAACACUCACAGCUGCCCAGCAAGAUGGAAGGUACUCAGUACAUCGCCCUGCUCUGUGUCCUGUGACCUGGGUGUAGCUCAGAGGACCGUGUCUUGUCUUCAGUUUCUCCACGGUAAGGAGAGCGUGGUGCCAGAGGACAGCUGUCAUGCAGCUAUCAAACCAGCCACCACGGUGCCCUGCCUGGUGCAAGUCUGCACCUUUAGGUGGGAAGUGAAGCCAUGGAGCCAGUGUUCAGUGUCCUGUGGAUACGGGAUCCAGUCCAGAGCCGUGUCCUGCAUGGGCCCCUCUAAGCCGGAGCCCCUCAGCCCUACAUUUUGCAUGCACAUGCCCAAGCCAAUCACCAUCCAGGGCUGCUACACGGGCGGCUGCGGAGACGCACUGCCCACAUCGACUGUGGCUCCUGAUGCCGCCUCUACAAUGCGUGCUGUCGAGAAGGUAGACCUCACAGAGAGUCCGCACCCAUCUCCCAGUCUGACCCAUGAAGAUACACCACGGCACCGCAAGGGCCAUCUUCGUCCUAGCCCAACAGAGGCCAUCACCAUCCCUCAAAUUGCCACAACCGUGAUCCCAACCCCUAAAUCCAGUGCAUGUGGACAGCUACUCCUGGAGGAAUCAGGCACGGUGGAUUUGAAAGAUGCUUCCCACCGUUGCACAGUAUCCAUAGGUCGUCCCCUCGAUGAGGUCAUUCACAUUAAGGUGAUAUCUAGCUCCUUGGACUGCAGAAAAAAGGAGUACGUGGCCUUCUUUGACCGGCUGGCACUCGUGAGGAAGUGCGCGCAGUUAGCAAGCAGUGAGCUGACCACCAGAACCAAUGUCCUGAUGGUGCGUCAGAACCUGCUCACUCCUGGGAACGGGAUGGUCUUUACCUACGGUUCACAGAAAAAUACGAAGAGGAGCCAUCAGGCCUGCGACAUUCAGCUGUUUUCGCCGAGUGGUGUCUUUGAGAAUCCAGUAACGUCCAACAAUAACCACACCUGUCGAGUGCUCAUCAAUGCCCCUCCCUCAGUGAAGAUCAGGAUCCAAGCUCUACACAUAGGAUUAGUAUUCAACGCCACCAACUCCCAGUCCACAUACAUUAUGAUCCGAGAUAUGGACGUCUUGAAGACCAAUGUGUUUAAAGGCCAGCAGCUGUUUCACUGGCACUCUUCUGGAAAUAUGGCCGAAAUGGAAUUUCAUGGAGACUACUUGCAUUCCAAAGGGAGCUUCAGAGCUGAAUAUUCCUUUAUACGUCUCUGAUACUAGAUGUUAACUAUUCUCGGGAGGUUUUGAUCGAUUUAUAUGUUUUUUAACAUUUCUUUAGUUUACAAUACUUUUUUUUGUGAUUAACAGUAAUUAACAGUCACUUCAAAGCUGCUGAGCACAAAAUCUUCAGCAAGAUCUUUCUGUCAAAUGGGUUGUUUUGCCAAAGUGUUAAUUCUUUUGACCGUAAAUAAAACAUAAACAAACCAACCAAAAA